AUGCCGUGGAACCUGACCGCGGAGCAGCUCUCGGCGUUGCUGCGGCUGCACAACCUGACGCGCUCGCAGUUUAUCGCGCGCUAUCGGCUAAGGCCACUGGUGCUCACCCCGCAGCUGCCCGCCCGGGUCAGGCUGGCCCUCCUGCUUGCUGGCCUGAUCAUCUUCGCCCUGGCACUCUUUGGAAACGCCCUGGUGGUCUAUGUGGUGACCCGCAGCAAGGCCAUGCACACCGUCACCAACAUCUUCAUCUGCUCCCUGGCGCUCAGCGACCUGCUCAUCGUCUUCUUCUGCAUGCCGGUCACCAUGCUCCAGAAUGUCUCCGACACCUGGCUGGGGGGAGCCUUUAUUUGCAAGAUGGUGCCCUUUGUCCAGUGCACUGCCAUUGUGACAGAAAUCCUCACGAUGACCUGCAUUGCUGUUGAGAGGCACCAAGGGCUUGUCCACCCUUUUAAAAUGAAGCGGCAGUACACCAAUCAAAGGGCGUUCACAAUGCUGGGUGUGGUGUGGCUUGUGGCCAUCAUCAUAGGAUCACCCAUGUGGCAUGUACAGCGACUUGAGGUUAAAUAUGACUUCCUAUAUGAAAAAGAACACAUCUGCUGCUUGGAGGAGUGGAACAGCCCCAUGCACCAGAAAAUCUACACCACCUUCAUCCUCGUCACCCUCUUCCUGCUGCCUCUCUUGCUGCUGCUCGUCCUCUAUGGUAAAAUCGGUUAUGAGCUUUGGAUCAAGAAAAGAGUAGGGGACAGCUCAGCGCUCCAAACUCUUCACGGAAAAGAAAUGUUCAAAAUAGCCAGGAGGAAGAAGCGAGCUGUGAUCAUGAUGGUGACAGUGGUGGCUCUCUUUGCUGUGUGUUGGGCACCUUUCCAUGUCUUUCACAUGAUGAUUGAAUACAGUAAUUUUGAAAAGGAAUAUGAUGAAGUCACAAUCAAGAUGAUUUUUGCCAUAGUGCAAAUAAUUGGAUUUUUCAAUUCCAUUUGUAAUCCCAUUGUCUAUGCGCUUAUGAAUGAAAACUUCAAAAAAAAUUUUGUGUCGGCAGUUUGCUAUUGCAUAGUAAAAGAAACCUCCUCUCUAGCAUGGAGGCAUGGAAGUUCAGGAGCUAUGGCUAUGCAGAGGAGAGCAAAGUUAUCUGAUAGAGAGAAUCCCAUAGAGAUCAAGGGAGAAGUAUUUGAGGACACCAACGUCAAUGUCAAGUGGUGUGAACAGCCAAAGAAGAAGAAAACAUCACAAGUUGCUUCUUGUUCUCUUUAGUUCUGAAUUUCUGAGAACUCUGCUGUAGAUGUAGACAUUAAUUUUAAUGGCGUCUUCAGAGUUAGUACCCGUCAUACCGUAAUUGAAAGAAGAUUGCGUUGAGAAAAUGUUGAGAGCUUUUAUAUUAGAAAUGCUGGAAAGUGCUUGAAAGGUGAAGGCAGCAGAAUCAGGAAUUUAAAGUAGUCCUCAGCUGCAUCAUGAGUUUUAGGGUAACUUGGCCUGCAAGAGAUCCUGUCUCAAGAAGCCGAAUUAAUAACAACCAUACUUACUAAUGAUUGUGACAAAAUAUUUUUCCGUGGAAAAUACAUAUGAACUACAAUUUUGAAAAAUUAUUGAGUCAUUCUGAUUCCUAGG